AUGCAGAGCACGCGCGCCCUCAAAAACCUUGACGUCAGCCGCAUAAGCACCUUUCUUGCAGAGUGCAAGCAGCCCUUCCAGACGUCUCACCUGUACGAUGCGGUGGAGAAUAAGAAGCUGGUCGACACCGAGCGGCGCCUUUCAGAAUUCCGCAGCAUCACCGACGAGCGCCUUUUCGACCUCGCUGAGGACAUCGUGAAGCAGCUCUCAGCGCAGGAUGAAUCGGCCGACUUCACCUUGGUGCGCAACGACCUCACACACAUUCGGUACCACACCGGCGGAUUCUUCAAGAAGCACGAGGACUACCUGUCAGUCACGUCGAACCUCGUCGAGGAGUACACGCUCCUUCUCUGCGUGACGCCGGCGGGCAUGCACACCGUCGGGGGCGAAACCGUCAUCUUCGGCCACAUCGGAAGCCAGGCGUACAAGGAGACGACGACUCGCGGCGACGCCCUCGUCUUCCGCAAGGAUGUGAUGCACGAGGGCCGGAUCAUCGAGGCGGGUGAGAAGCACAUCCUCUCCUUCAAUCUCUGGGCGAUGCGCAAGCACUCGGGCCAGGUGCUCCUCGUCACGUUCCCGCCGGCGGAGGAGGCCGCGUCCAAGCUGCAGGGCGUCGAGGCGCUGCACGAAGCGGCGAAUGACAAGUCCUCGUACGUGCUCGCGGUCGCCGACGCCAAGGGCUCAGAGAUGCUCGCGGCGCACAUCGAGUGGGUCAGCGGGCAGGCGGAGGGCGGCGACAUCAUCAGGCACUCCUGCAAGCUCUUCACCUUCGAGCAGUUCGGCACCCUCUUCCGCGUGCUCACGCAGUCGCACAUCAGCGCCACAGAGCUGGCAGCCAACAAGCCCGUCAUCGACUUCUACUGCCCAUCCUUCGUGUACGAGCACCUUCUCGUUGACAAGGCCUCGCAGCCCGUCGCGUCGUCGCCGGAGGUCAAGUCGCCAGAGGUGGUGGGCGGCAUCAAGGCAGCGUGCGACUUCUCCGCGCCGUCCGACGACAUCAUAGUGUGCGAGUCGGAGGAGCGGAUGCGAGUUGUCGCCGAUCUAGCGCGCACACUGCAGUUGCCGUACGUCCCCUUCAAGAUGAUCUUCGUAGAGGGUGUGCUCCAGACAUUCGGCGAGUGCGGCGAUGACGCCUUCACGCUUCCGCUCCUCCCUGUUUGGCUCUCGCUCGGCGACCACGACUCCAUCUUCAUGUUCCGCAACAUCGCUGGGCUCAGCCCCCCGAAGCUCAUGACGCUGGGCGAGCUGCAUGCGCGCUUUGGCUUCCUCGAGCACGCGCGGCCGGAGCAGCUCGCCAAGCUUCACCCGGGCGAGCGGGUCAAGGGUCUCAGUGCCGUGGCGUCCGAAGAGGAUUACUACGGGAACGACGUGCGGGCUCUCUCGCUCAUGUUUGCGCUGGACAUGACGACCGGCCAUUGCAUGGAUGAGCCUCACGCACGCCGAGGCAUCUUCGACCGCUGGGCGUCGCGGAUGCGCUGUGCCGUCUUUGAGUCCACGGCGCACUACGGCACGCCGCCGCUCGUCUACCUGCCCGGCGCCGCCGACGUCGAGGUCGGCACCUCAAACGGCCUCUUCCACCGCGACGGCGCGGGCAGGACGUGCUUCAGCGCGGCCGAGGCCAAGGCGGCGAGCGACUUCAUCGCGAGCCUCAACCUCGAGGACAAGGUCAAGGCGCGGCUGCAGGAGAAGCGCUUCGUGCUGCCGCAGGUGCACGAGGAUGUCCUCGCCGGCUUCUGCAACGAGAAUGUCUACGGAAAGCUCAACCUGCUCUCGGUGACGGGCGUGGUGCGCCUCGACCGCGACGCGCCAAAGGGCAGCCUGCCAGCAGCCGGCGAGGAGGAGGCUACCUUUGACGUGUGGCCGCCGCCGAGUGUGCUCGACGAUGCCAUCCACACAAACUUCCGCAACCACAUCCUGCCGUACGCGGAGUACAGUAUGGAGCAUGGCAUCGUCGUCCUCCCGUCGCACCAAUCGACCGACGACGAGGACGAGGACGACGAGGACGACGAGGACGACGCGCUCCGCGACUCUGACGAUGCGGAGAACGCGGAGGACGCGGGGCAGGGUGGCUCUGCGCCCUGA